AUGUCCCAAAUGCUCUCGCCUUCCGCCUCGCACGCCUGGGCCGCUGGAGCUGUCAUUGCAGGCCUUGUAACUUGGUAUCUGGCAUCGAACACCAACGAAGCAAAAGCAAGACAAGCUGGUGCUAUCCUAGGCCCCGGGCCAAAGCGAGCACCGCUUGUGGGGAAUGUUUUCAACUUUCCGAAAGCGAGGUGGUAUGAAGUAUUCAGCGAGUGGGCACAAGAAUAUGGAGACAUCAUCUAUGUCGAUCUCGGCGGGCUCCCUAUGGUCAUCCUGAACUCACUCGAGGCCAUUCGGGAUCUGACAGAGAAACGAAUGAAUAUCCACUCAGGGAGGCCACAUUUCACUCUCGUAUGCGACAUUAUGGGAUUUGGCUAUUCUUUAUCUCUCAUGCAACCAACAAGGGAUUAUGCCGAACAACGUCGUCUUUUCCAGAAAGCCAUUGGCUCCCACGCUGUACAAGAGUAUGAUUCGUUUCUUCGUCAAGGGUGUUCCGAGCUCCUCCAACGGCUCGAUGGCUUCUCUGGAGAACCUUUGAGUAUAUUGAUCCAAACUGUGGGCAAUGUACUGACUCGAAUUGCGUACGGCGAACACUUUGCUCAGAAUCACGGACCAGAGAUUAUCCAGAACAAUCUUGACGCAGUAGAACUGGUUGGCUGGGUAUCUACCAAGUUUUGGUUGGUCGACGUGAUUCCUUUGCUGCGCUAUAUACCAGCUUGGUUCCCUGGUGCAGCCUUUAAACGUGUUGGCGAACAAGGAAAAGGGUAUGCUCACGUCCUUCGGUAUCGGUCCUUUGAUUAUGUCAAGGCUGCUUUGGCUAAGGGAAUUACGGACGAAUCCAUCAUUUCCAAGUAUAUGAAUGAAGGCGGCUUCUCUGAGGGCAACCUUCGCGACGCGGUAGCGGUCAUGUACGCCGCCGGAGUCGAUACUACGGCCAUCACAAUCACACACUUCAUAUUCAGCAUCACUCUGUACCCAGAAUGGCAGCAGCAAAUUCAUGAAGAGAUGCAUCAGGUGCUUGGACAUGGUCAUAUGCCGACAAUAGAGGACAUUCCAAAGCUGAAGAUGCUCAAUGCCGUCUUCAAUGAAUCGCUCCGAUGGAACCCGGCAGCUCCAAUUGGUGUGCCUCAUGUUGCUACCUUCACUGCAAUAUUGUACAAUACCGACCAACCAUUCAGGUUUGUGCUCAGAGACCCUCGAUUAUGGGGAAAGGAUAGUCAAGACUUUAAUCCGCGUCGCUUUCUCCGGGAAUAUAACCCAUCAGUUGAUGAGCUUCCAGAUAUCUGGAGCAUCCCAUUUGGCUUUGGGCGACGUAUAUGUCCGGGACGACACCUAGCACGACGUGCUGCGCUUCUCUAUGCAGCUGCAAUCCUGUACUCAUACGAAGUCUUACCGUACAAAGGCGAAGUAUUAACACCAAACGAACCAUUCGAGGAUUCUGUUGUCAGGCGAAUAUCUCAUUUUCGAUGCACGUUCAAGCCACGUACAGAAUAG